AUGGACGCGUUUGAUGAGGCUAUGUAUGUUGCUCUGAAUGCUCCAUGCACGUAUUCUGAACUCUCCACCAGUGACCCAGAAAGCUCACAAGCCAGCUUGGUACUGCAGGAUCUAAUCACAGAGGAUGACACAAAUUGGACUGCCAACGAGGCUAAUGGACAAGACCGUAAAUAUCAACGCGUGCCUGACGACCACCUCAAAGACAUCUCCCCGUCGCGAAGCCUAAGCUCUCUUCCUCGCUAUCAUUAUCACGGUUUGGCGAAUACCCAGACCCAAAGUCAACAGUGCGAUGACGACCAACAAUUGCGGCAGGAAAACUUGAGAAAAAAAUCCAACAAAGGCGCAGCGGCAUCGAAGGCAACGUUGCUCUCAGGGUUUGUUAAGGAUGGGUCGAAUAGCUCCAAGCACGUCAACGAAAAGCAGGCUUCAACUUCCACUUUACAAUCGUCUUCUCGUGGAAAGACAUCAAUCGCGACACACAAGCAGGCUAAAGCUGUAUUGACUGCUCAUUCCAAAGUCCAAGGUUGCUCUCAAGAUUCCUUUGCCUGUGAACCCUCUCCGGACCCGGAGGAGAGGUUCGUGGCUACAUCAAAGCAAUUCGAAAUUCCCCUGUCCGAAUUAGGACGCACGCAUCCCUCCGUCAAGGGGAAGGUAAAUGCCGUCUGUGUCGGCUUCAAGUCGACGCGUUCUCACUCCGUCUCUAAGGAUGGGACACGUCGCUCAGCCGUCCCGGAGGGCAACGUCCUUGUUGCCUCAACCCCGUCACAAGAUGGAGAUUCACAAUCACAAGACGAACGCUCUCAAGUUGUCUCCGAUAAGUUCGAAGAAACACAGUCUGCCAAUCGCUACAAUGACUUUGCACUCAGCCGCACGGAAGCCAUGGAUGUGGAUCAUGACAGCGAAGGGAGUGGAUACGAAAGUAGCGAGCACUCCUCCAGCUUUGUAAGAUUGCUCAAAGGGGAGUCUGAUCCCUCUGAAGAGAUUUCCGAACUUCAGGCCACCCAACCAGCUACCCAGCCAUCUACCCAGCCAGCGGGUGUUGAGAUGGAGGACCCUGGAAAUCCUUGGAUUCUACCUGCAGCCUCUGAUAGCACUAAGGCUGGAUCGAAUUUUCAUAACCCUGCUUCGACUUCACAGGCAACCACUUCCACUGGACGUCGAGGUUUGUUAAGCAUGGUAAAUCCGCUGAUCCAUUAUCGAUAUCAGAAAUAUCAGAAACAACCGUCUGUGCCACCGCCUGAAUUUGCGGAGCAGAAUGUACAUCAAGUUGGACACCCUUUCCUACACCAAGGGCAGCAGCUGCAGCCGUCCCCAAUUGGGCAACCAAUCGCCACUGGAGGUGGAUGGCAAGAGACACAGCCAUCCGUUCCGAGCCGCCAGCAACAAACGCGACCAUCCGUCACAAGUCCUGCAAUCCAGGAAACGCAACCAUCCUUCGAAGACCAAGGCACAGGACCUUCCCCUCACCACGUUGGUCUUGCACGUUCAGUCCGUGAUAUAAAUUCAUUGAGGUCUCCAUCUACCUCAAACAAUGUUUCAUCUCAUCCGGCAAAGGAUAUAGAUUUUCUGGAUGUCAUUCCUGAUUCAGAACCUCUUCGCUCUGACUCUCACGUUGCGGCUUUGAGCCGUCAAGGCGGCCACGGCGGGAAGAAUGCUAGCACUUCCAAGCAAGAACCUGCUGAGUCGAAGGAUCUUCAGAACGCAACGGCCCUUAAUACAUUGUUGAUUGAUGAUGAGGGGGAGCUCACGGAAAUGACGGAUGAUUCUGAGCCCCAAAAGCUCGGAAACACGGCGGAGGAGGAGGAGAACAGCGGUAGUGAUGAUGAUGAUGACGUGCCUCUUGCAGCAAGGAUUGCAAGCACCUCGAAGAGAACUAUGCCGCUCAAACAAAACAAACCUGUUCUCCAUCUUUACGUCUUCCCUAUGAGUGCGUUGUUGAUCUCAGAUCAGGAUGCACAUGAAGCUUCAUCGUUAGGAAGAAAUCAGCGACAAGUUCGAAGCAAGCUCAGUCGAGAUCAAGGACAGAAGCUUGUUGCUGUACCUAGCCCCAUCAAAACCAUUCCACGCAGAUCUAUAGGAAUUACGGAAAUUCCAUCAUCAGUUGCCGAACAACCUGUGCAAAAGGCCGCGCUUACCGACCGACAGCCUCGACCCACGGUUGCUCCGAAACUAAGCGAUCAAAACAAAAAGGCUAUCGCUCCGCCUAAAUCAGCUCGCAACUUGCGGUCAACGAUCACGACUCAACGAGGCCGGACGCUUAGCAAACAACAUGCCGAGAAGAUUGAGUCAGAUGACGAGCUCCUGAUGUCGAACGAACAGAAGGGAAGUGAAGACGAGUCUGCUAGUGAAGCAGAGUACAUGGAAGUCGACCAACCGGUGGCCGAAUCAUCGUCGCGGAAACGUAAGCGCGCCGCCCAGCCGAGUAGAUCUAUUGCAACGAGGAACAGUUCAAAAUCUACCGCGAAGUCAGCCGCAACGCCAUCCACUCGAUACACAAAGCGCCUCAAGCCAGCGAUUUCUACCAACAGUCGGCCCGAAGAUGCAACUCGCGUUUUUGCUUUAUGGAAACAAGACGGCUAUUACUAUCCCGGAUACGUCAAUCGUCUACGAAAUGAUAUGCGAUAUGAAGUCAAAUUUGACGACAAUACCACGGCCGAUUUAAACCUCGACCAGAUGCGGCGGUGCGACCUUCACAUUGGAGACGAUGUCAUUGUCGCCAACCUUCCACAUGCUUAUAAGGUUAUAAGUCUUGAUCAAUCAGAGGGUGUUGUCACUCUCGAGAUCGAUGGCCCGGAAGACUUCAACAUUAAGGAUCUUAGGCUCGCUCAUAAAACCGUCUUGCAUGCAUGGAAGGAUCGAACGCUUUCAGCUGGAAACAUUAUCACCGCUGUCCACUCUUUCAAAGGAAAACCAAGUCCGACCCCGUCUAAAACAUCGUCAAUUGCCAGUUCGACAUCUUCCAAGAUACUCAGCGGCACUGGACUGAUUGUCACUUUGCGUGGGGGUGGGCAUUGGGAGAAGGAGAAGGAAAGGGUUAUGAAUAUAAUUAGGACCAAUGGUGGAAAAGUAAUCGAUGACGUCUCGACCAUCAUCCGCAUGGAAGGCAGUCACUCAAAAUCCGGAAAUCGAUGGUCCAUCACUAAGUCUGAUGUUAAAUGGAAUGGAGUGGGCCUCCACCGCCUUUUACUUGUUGCUGACGACGCAAACCAGAAGCCCAAGUUCCUGAUAGCUCUGGCUUUGGGAAUACCAUGUGUGUCCACCGAAUGGCUUGACAAGCUUGGCGACAAGCUUAUGGAGAACUGGACGUCGUUUUUGCUACCACAGGGUUAUUCGGAGGCGUUGGGCGCACGUGCUUCGCAGCAAAUUGACUUUGACUGGGGGAACAGCAUCCAUCAACUGAAACAGAUAAUGUCGAACGCCGUUCCUUGCAAGCUGUUUGCAGAGAAGUCGGUACUGGGUAAACGGUUGCCCGGUGUAGACGAGAAGGGGCAGGAAGCGAUCAACGCGGUGGCGCGUAUCAUCCUUGCAAUGGGUGCUGAAUAUGUCGAGGCUGUUACUGACAUCCAGCAUGCCACUAGUGGAGUCUCGGCUUAUGAUUUUGUCAUUAUCCGGGAGGCUUCCCACUACUCUCCUGAAUUGUCGGAUGCCACCACAGUACAUUGGAACUGGGUGAAGGAUUGUUUGAUUGCUUCUCGAUACCUGCCUUUGCCCGUGUGGCCUGGAGAAUCGGAGGAAUCGCAGGAUCUUUAAAUCUAAGUGUUAUCUUGCUCUGACUGCAUUUUUUUCAUUAUUCUUGAACUUAUAAUGUACUUAUCUUGUUAAGCUUGCUAUACAUUUGACUCUCUUAGUUAACUAUAUGUACAUACCGAAAUAAAAUCAUCCAACGUGCAGCA